CGGCGACGCGCCGCCACUGCCGGCCACGACUACUGCCACCGACUGCCACGAUGGCCGAGGAGGCUGACAUAAACGAUAACGCGGCGAUGGAAAGUAUAACGCGAAACAUAGCGGAGGUCGGUGGCACCGGCGGCGGCGGCGGCGGCGGCGGCGGCGGCGACUCGCCGACCGCGACGACGGGCGAGGUGGGCGCGCUGCAAUUCCAGGCGUCGCAGGUGAUCGCGCGGCUGGAGCGGGCGGUGGAACAGGCGGCCGACGGCGGCGGCACCACGUGGAACAACCCCUCGGGAUUCCUCACGCAGCCCAAGAAGCCGGACGAGAUAUUGGCGUUGAUUCAGGACCUGGUAAUACACGAGGACGCGCCGCAGCCAGUCGAGGCGGGAUCCACGGAUUCGCCGAUCAGUCAGAUCACCGCUCUGCCAGCUCUAACCGAGGCGGCGAAAUUGGCCCUGGUCACGCACACCGUCUCGGCUUACGCGGUAGCGUUACCCAAGUCGCACGCGCAGAAACUCGCGGGUCGCCUCGCCGCCGACACGACGAGAUGGCUCAGCCACAUCUUCCGCUUCGUCGACUGCGCGUCCUCCUUCCACGAGGACCACCUCGAGGGGCUGGUCAGGGUGACGCGACUCGCCCUGCAUCGGAAAUACCCGCGGUACAUGGAGGAGGGCUUUACCGCACUCGUGUCUCAGCCGCCCCUCAUCUACAGCUCCGUCGCUGCACCCAUGGGCGUCGUUCAGCAUUUGUGCCGACAGCUCUCCUUGCCGCUUCAUUGCAUAAGGCCAAUCCCACACAACACCAUGUUCGGCUCGAGGCACACUAUGGAUAUCUCGGCACUGGAACGACGCUUAGCGGAGGACACUCAGUCCAACAAUGUAACGCCGUUGCUGGUCCUGGCUGAAGCCGGCUCGGUGUUGACGGGCCAUUGCGACAAUAUUACGCGAUUGCGAGCGAUAUGCGACAAGUAUAACGUCUGGCUGCAUCUCAGAGGGCAUUCGCUAGCUGCGCUCGCGUUGAACAAUUCGGCGAAAGAUCUGCCGUCGAAAAUAGCAGACAGCAUCACACUACCGCUCGGAACGUGGCUUGGUAUACCGUCGCUGCCGGUGGUUACAUUGUAUAGAUUAGCAGAUAUUAAAGGGGGUAGGCCCACUCCGAGAGAUACCACUCUAUCGUUAGUUUCGGGAUUGAUGGCAGAUUCCCUGUCGAGACGACUACCAACUUUGCCUUUGUGGACAGUUCUACAGGCGUUAGGUCGUGACGGUGUACAUAAUAGAUUUAAAAGAUGUUUCUUGGCUGUGGAAGAGUUGUACAAUAAGGUUAAAGAGUUCUCUUGUAUUAGAAUACUGAGUCAACCGCCGGGCGGCGAAACCGAGUCCUACACCUUAAGCGAAUACCUAGCAAACCCCGUCAACAAUUUACAGUUAUUUGAAGUAGUGGCCAACGCGUUAGUUUUCCAAUUCGUGUCUGCGAAUAAGGAUCUUCAAGUCACGGAUCGCGUGCUGCCUUAUUACGAUAAGUUGAACUCCUGGCUGGGACAGAUUCUUCAAAGGGACAUUGACAACAUACAAAUAGAACUUUGUGAUAUAGAACAGUGCGGUGUCGCGAUUCGCAUCUGUCCGUUGGAGAAUCCCGAUCAACCGCCCACGACCGAAGACAUAGACAAUUUAGUGACCUGUCUUGAGCAGCAAAUAGAAAUAUUGCUAGCAACAGUGGAACACAAAGACACCUUUGUGCGUUUGGUCUCGGAGAAUGAUUCCUUACAUCUAGUGGAAAUGCCGGGUUGGGCCGGUUUGGGGGGUGUGCGUUAUGCUCCACCCACCUGGAUUCACGUUAUGACCGACCAGGCAAGGGAGGAAUUGAACAAACUCAAUACUCAGUUGGUCGAGACCCUGCGCAGCACAGACGCGGCCUUUUCCCUCGGGGAAGGCGCGGAUGGCCUGGCUUGUGUUCGAUUUGGCAUGGUGACACAGGACACAGACGUGGCUGAGCUAUUGUCUUUAGUCUUGCAAAUUGGCCAGGAGGUGGAGGCGAGCUCCAAAAUGAUGGAUACCAUCUCCGAAGUGGUUAAGAGAGGUAUCGAGACGGCGCAAACGGAUCUGGAGAGGGAAAACGCGGAGAAACUGUGGCAAGAGGGUAUUCUCAGGCACGUCCCCGUCGUAGGAACUUUUGUCAAUUGGUGGAGCCCAAUUUCCAAGGAAACCGGUGUUCGCGGCCGUAGUCUAAAUUUGCAAGCUGGUGUCGUAGAGAGUACGGAGAAUAUCUACAAAUACCACAUGCAGCUGCAACCUAAUUUCACAAACAGCAACGGUUCGGGCGCCAGAACUCCGCCCCAGCCGCUAGUGCAAACGCCGGUCGGUGCUAACAGUCAAAGCCACAGUCGGUCGUCGAGUCAUUCUAGCUUGCAGAGUGGGAAAAAUGUACCUCUAAUAAGCAACGUCAGUUCUCAGCCCCAAGUGAAGGAGGAAUCCGCGCAAAUCAAGUCGUAGUGAACCUCGUACUCGCUUGGAUAAGUCGAGAGCACAUUCCAAGUUGUUUAACGUGGAAUAAGAAUAAUGCUUUCUGAACGUGAAACGCUAAAACGUUCCCUCUAGGAGAUACAGUCUUUAGCGAGAUAUUAGUAUUGUAUAGCUUAUCGAUUGGGUUAAAUAGAACGACGUUGCGUGCGACGGUUUCAUUUUAUUUUGCCGCUGAUACCUUUGACUGGCUGUUUCUCGCCCAAGAUAUUUCUCGCUUUUACGUACCUAAUGUCUCGGCAAUCUUUUCCCACAAAUUUCGUAAAAUUUUGCCUAUUGAACCUGACUUAAUCAUGUACUUAGACUACGUGAUAACACGUAGCAGCGUUGCUUUUAUAAAUUCAUACAUAACAGUUUUACCGAAAUACCUUUUGCGGUAUGAUGAUCAGAAUUAAAAUCUUCUCUUCUCGAUCGAUUAUCUUUCUUCCCCUCUCAUACUUCAUUAAUACUAAUUCGCUAGAUAAUAUAUUCCCUAUUAUAUAAAAGAAUAUGUUGCAAGAAAAUUAUUUAUUGUUGAAUAUAGUAGUUUUUUCUUUAUAUAAUAUUAUGCACUUUAAUUACUAGCCUGCUAGCCCGAAAUAUGCUUACAUUAAGUUCUUUUUCGUCAUGAAAAUAAUUGAAAAACUCCUGUAUUCACGGAUUUUUGCUCUUUUUAAGUUGGAUGCAGUUUUGCAAUGCGAAACCUUACUUGUUUGGCAGAGCAAAUUUCGAAAUGAAAUUCUAUUUUUCACAACAGGUGCUCGUGCAUUUUACGCUUUCACUCCUAAAAAAGGUACUAUUUCGUAAUAUAAAAUUGCUGUGCUCUAGAUGUUUUCUUCCAGGCACUUUUGCAUUAUAUAUUAUUUUUUAGGCUUCGAUACUUGGCAAUACAGAGACUAAAAAUCACGAGAAUGGCACUUGGUUUCUCAUUGCAUAAUUACAUCCAAUUGCUCGCAAGAUUUUCAAAUGACUAAUUUGCACUCGUUAAGUUUUACGUCUUCAUUCGCGUAAGCACAACAAUACUGCAAAUAAAGUGUACUAAGAAAAAAAAUAUAUAUAAUAUGUUUAUGCAUUAUAAGCUAUGUACAUUUUACCUUUUAUCAAGAUUUUGAGGAACAUAUGUGAAUGAAAAUAGCAAGACAAGCAUUCUGGUAUUUGAAAGAGAUGUGAACAACUCGCCAAAGAAACUUAAGAUACUCGCACGUCGAACAGGAAGAUCCAUAUUGUUGCUCUUGUAUUACGUAAUCGAUGAUGACAUGAGGAAAAAUACUUCAAUAAAUGAAUACUGCAUUAGGAGAAUUGUUGUCGUAAAUUGUUGAAGUGUCCAAGAUGCAAAUAAAUGAGGCAGUAUGUAUAUUUAUGUACCAAACUUGUAAUAAAACAUUGCUAAA